CAUACUGGACAUUUUGCAUGAUCUGUGUGUUUCUUAUUCCAGUAAUUAGACAUUGUAACAUUAAUUAACACCAGAUUAGUUAUUUUCUAUAGAUCUUGUGCAUCAUUUAUCAGUAACCUGUCGAACACACAGCAGCUCUAAUAUCUGUUGUUCUAUAUUUAUGUCUCUGCUCCUCCUGACCUGCAGCCUUUAAAGUCUCAUCUUUGUCGUAUUUCUGCAGCUGUCCGGUUUGUUGCACCUGUUGAAUAAAGAUUCAUUUCACUAAUGUGUUUUUCAUCUAAUCCUCGUCUGUCCCGCUGGCCGCCUCGACCCGGCUCUAAAUUUAGAGCAGCAGCCCUGGAUGUGUUGUGAUGUAAAAAUAGGAGGAGGGAAGCCGGCUGGUUAUUCAGGACAGAGAGUCAAACUUCAACUGCAGGAGCGUCGAGACGACGAUCAGUGGAGCCGGAGAGGAAGGAAAAACAGGACGAAACAAAGAAACAGGAAACACAAUGUUGUCCAAAAAGGAAGAGAAGAGAGCGUUCAGCAACGGCCGACUGAGAGACCAGUGGGAGAAAAUAGCCCAGAACGAGGCGGACCAGUGCAAACAGGAGGCUGAAUGGAAACGGAAGAGCUCCCUUAAAGUUCUUUUCUCAAAGUGGACCUACCACUGGUCCAACGGAGACCAGGUGAAGGAUGAGAUUUCCGACUUCAGGAGGGCGACGACCCGGACAGACGACGAAGAAAAAAAGCCUAAAAUCAAAUUUAAAAUUGUUCCUCCUCCUCCAAAAGUCAGAGCGGAGCCUCCGCCGCCGCCGCCGCCCCCCAGGAGGUCGUCCUCCCCGAAACGUCACAGGCAAAAACGGAAAGUGGAAGUGGACGUGUUUGGGUUGUGCUGGAGGGAAUCCUGGAUGAGCCUGAAGCCACCAAAGUACCUCUACCUGAAGGCCAGAGAGGCUAAAGAGAGGCGGACGCUGCUGAUGAGCUUAGAGUGUCCCAGGAACAGGAAGUACAAAUCAAAGACGUGUGGAUCGGACGCCGACGGGACGGGUCCGAUUCCUAAAUGGAGUCAUUCCUGGAAGCAGGUGAAAAGCCCGGCUCAGUCAGAGCAGUCAGAGGACAGAGACUUUGAGUGGGACACUCUGUUUGAAAGUACGACGGUCAGCAAAGUGGAAAUAGGAGAAUAUCGACUUCCUGUCUGGGCCGGAACAUGGAAGAUCAUGAACUUUCCCUUCAGGCAGCAGAAGAAGAACUGGGACUGCAGCUGGGAGAGCUUCCAACAGGAGACAACAGACAAGUCCGAUAAGUUUGACCUCAUUCAGGAGCAGCUGGAUCAGGACGAGCCUGAAGGCUGGGAGGAUUCAUGGAGGCUCUCCGGAGCUGAAGAUCCAACGGACGGACCCGCCACGUUCACAGCGGAGAUAAACGACUGGCUGAUGCCCGGAUGGAGCAAAUCCUGCCUGCUGGCUGCAGCUCCUCCAGAGGAGCACGAAGAGCGGCAGAGGAGCUGGAGCUCCUGCUGGGGCUACCAGCAGCUGGUCAGGUGGCGUCAGGCGUCCAUCUUGUCUGCCCAUCACCAUAGCAACCAGAUGUCCAGGAGACGAAGAGCCAUAAACGUCUUCCUGUUCUCCGGUCUGGACCGGUCCGGUCUGAGCGACUGGACGGAGGCCUGGAAGGCUCCAAAAGGACAGAAAACACCGGAGGACGAGGAAGAGGAGGAGGAAGGAGAAGAAACCGAGGAAGAGGAGGAUGAAGAGGAUGAAGGAAUGGAGGAGGUAGAAGAACAGGAGGAAGAGGAGAGGAGGACAAAAAUGUUCCAAAACUUCAACAAGAACAAGGAGCAGGAAAAAGAGGAAGAUGAGGGUGUAGAUGAAGAGGAGGAAGAUAAAGAUGAAGAAGAUGAGAAAGAAACAGAGAGAGGAGAAGAAGAGGAGGAGGAGGAGAGUGAAGAAGAUGAAGAAGAGGAAACACAUUAUAGUGUCAAAGUGAUGAAGGAGGAGCAGGAUGAAGAAAAAUGUGAAAAUACAGUUGAGGAAGAGGAGGAGGACAACGAGUCAGCUGACAAGAUGAAGGACGAAGAGACGGAGGAAGAGGAAAUUUAUGAGGAAGAGGAGCAAAACACCAAAACGAACAAAACGAAGAGUCAAAAGCUUGAAACUGAGCAGAGGAAGAAGGAUGAUGAAGAUGAGGAAGAGGAGGAGGAGGAAGAUCAUGAGGAGGAAGAUGCUGAAGAUGAGGAGGACGAGGAGGAGCAAGAGGAGAAAAAUCAGGCCAAUAAUGAAGAAAGACAGAAAAACGCCAAAACAAAAGAAACGAAGAGUCGAGAUCCAAUAGAGCAGAGGAAGAAGGAUGCUGAAGAUGAGGAAGAUGAAGAUGCUGAAGAUGAGGAAGAUGAAGAUGCUGAAGAUGAGGAAGAUGAAGAUACUGAAAAUGAGGAAGAUAAAGGUGCUGAAGAUGAGGAGGAAGAAAGAAAGAAAAACAACAGAGCAGAAAAAGACGAGGAGGAGAAGAAGAACGGCACAAAGCUGGGAAAAGACAAGGAAGAUGAUGAAGAGGAGGAGGAGUUUCUGGACUUUGAUGAAGAAAGCGGCAAAAGUAAAGGAGAUGAAGAGGAGGAAGAUGCAGAUGAAGGAGAGAAGGAAAAAGGAAAAGGAAAGGAUGAAGAUGUAAACCUGAAAGGGGAAGAGGAGGAUGAAGAGAGCCCAGAUUUAGAAGACGAUGAUGAAGAAGAGGAAGAGAAGGGAGAAACGGACAAAAAACAAAGAAAAGAGGAAGAGGAGGAGAUUAGAGAUGAAAGAAAGAGCAACAAAGAUGACAAGGAGGAAGAUGAGGAUGAAGAUAGCCUGGAUGUAGAAGAUGAAGAAGAAGAAGAGCAGAGAGAAAUGGGAAAGAAGGAGGAAGAGGAGAAGAAAGUUUCCAGUGUUGAUGUAGAGGAUGAUGAAGAAGAUGAUGAUGAAGGUGAGGAAGAUGAAGAGGAGGAAGAUGAGGCAGAAGAAAACGGAAAGCAGAAAGACGAAAACGACGAUGAGGAUGACGAUGGAAACAUUCACAGGAUGAAGAUGGAAACCAAACAAAGGCGAUCUGAAGAUGAGGAGGACAAUGAGGAAGAGGAGGAUGAGGAAGAGCAUGAGAGCUGUGAGGAAGACGAAGAGGAAGAUGUUGAAGAGGUGGAAGAAAUCAACAAAAACAAAGAUGAAGGUGAGGAAAACCGAGAAACUGAUGAAGAAAAUCCUGUGGAGGGAAAAGCUAAUGAACAAACAGAGGAAGAGGAGCAGGAGACGAAGAGCGGCGUACUAAAACAGACGAAGAAGAAACGGAGACGAGCGAAAACCAAACCUGACGCUCCGCUGCACCUGCAGUUCCACAAGCUGAACGCCUCCUUCUCCUCCUGGCGGCGCUCCUGGAUGGUCGCCGUGGCUCACCGCGGCGGAGCCGAGGAAGACGACGAGGAAGAGGAGGAGGAGGAGGGGGAGGAGUGGCGGGCCUGGAAGGAGUCCUGGAGAAUCUGCCGCUGGAGGAAGACGGACGAAGACGAGGUGAUGAGCUUCUCCUGGGAGCACCGGAGCCGCCGGGACGCCAUACAGGAAGUGGACGAAACGACGAACAGGAAGUGGGCUCUGAGCUGGAAAAUGAACACAGCUAACGGCGGACAAGAGGAAGAUGAAGAGGAGGAGGAAGAUGAAGAGGAAAGCUGAAAUGUGAUCAAACAUUAUGAACCGAGACAUUUUAAUGAAUGUUGAUCAAAACUUUCCUGGAUCUUACAAGAUGCUUUCUGCAGCAGCUUUGUGUUCACCGCUGGCUAAAACGUUAGCUGCGCUAAUGCUAACGCACUUAAAUAUUAGCUCUGCUAGCAAAACAGCGCUACGCCAGGAAAGACUUUUGUAGAAGCUAACGCUAAAGCUAAAGCAUUAGCAUAUAAAUUACACACAUUUCAGCAAAUUAUUCGGUGAAUUCUGGUAAAGUAACUCUAACCGGAGCCGUUAUGAUAAGUUACGUACCAGGAAAAUAAGCUGUAGAUUGUUAGAAAGCUUAGCUUAAAAACUGUCUGUUAAUAUUUGUACAAAUAUGUAAAUUGUACAUCAACAAUAUUUAAUAAAUUUUAAAUAAUAAAUUGAA